AUGGCCGCUUCCGCCCUGCCCAGCAGCAUGCGGGCGCAAUUCCUCGACGCGUUCAACUCGCCGUACGCGCUGCGCACGGUGCCGCUCCCCGUGCUCACGUCGCCGCACGACAUGCUGGUCAAGGUCGACGCGGCGUCGUACUGCCACACGGACGCGGUGCUGGCGGCCGGCGGCAUGGCGCCCAACCCGCCGGCGUUCCCGCACGUCGGCUGCCACGAGUUCGCCGGCACGGUCGUCGCCACGUCGCACCCUGCCGCCCUCUCGCACGGCUUCCAGCCCGGCGACCGCGUCGGCGUGCCCGGCCGCUCGUUCCACGCCUGCGGGACCUGUUUCGAGUGCCGCGCCGCCCCGGGCGCUGGUAGUGACGAUUCGGACCCGCCCGGCUACUCGGUGUACUGCGCGGGCGGUGCCGCAAACCUGGGUAUUUCCGCGCCCGGCGGGUUCCAGGAGUACGCGGCCGUUGACGCGCGGCAGGUGGCGCCCGUGCCGCCCGGCAUGAGCGCGCCCGAGGCGGCCACGCUGAUGUGCGCCGGCGUGACCAUCUACGCGGCACUCAAGCGGUGCGGCGUCGCGGCCGGAGGGCGGGUAGGGAUCGUGGGCUGCGGCGGCGGGCUGGGGCAUCUGGGUUUGCAGUUCGCUGCCGCCAUGGGGCUGCGCGUGGUCGGCGUCGACAAUGCGGAUGCGCCGCUGGAUCUAGCGCGGGGCGUGGUGGCGGCGCGCGGGGUCGGGGGGGCGGUGCGGGUUGUCGAUGCGCGGGCCGACGAGGCAGAAGACGUGGUCACGCAGCUGGGCCGAGAAGACGGGCGGCGGGACCGGGCGGACAUGGGCGUCGACGCGGUGGUGAUUCUGCCCGAGAGCCAGCGGGCGUUUGACUACGGCGUGGCACUGCUGCGCAACCACGGGCGGUGCGUCGUGGUGUCGUUCCCGCGCGACGGGUUCCGGCUGGCCUCGCGCGACGUCGUGUUCCGCGACAUCUCGGUCGUUGGGAGCCUGGUCGGGAGCAACAGGGUGCUGCGCGAGAUGGUGCUGUUUGCCGCCGUGCACGGUGUCCGUGCCUCCUUCAAGCUGUUUCCGCUCGACCGGCUGAACGAGCUCGUGGAGGAAUACCACAAGGGCGCCGGCGGGAAGCUGGUGGUCGACAUGACGGCGUAG